CUGCUGGGUCUAAUCGCUAUUCAGGUCAAACCCGAUUAACCCACCCAGCUAUAUUUACACCAUCAUUUUUGGCGCCGACCGUGGGACUGAUUUUUAAAGUUUUUUCGACCAGGUCAAAACUUUACCCCCACUAAAUAUCCACAAUCAUGUCUUCGAGCAACUACAACGCUGUGUCAAGUCAGGCUGCGAGUGAAAGCACUCCUGCCAUCCCAUUGAUGAUGUCGAGCAUGGGGACGACCUUUGCUUCGAUCACCACUGUAGGAUCGAUUGGCAUGAUCUCAAUCAUGUCAACCCCUACUCCUACGCCGACGACAACAAUGUUCCCAGGCUCGAUAACAAUGCCUGGUGGAGCAUUCACACCAUACCCGUCAGCUUGGGCUCAGUUUGCUGCUGACCCGGCAAAUGCUCAGGCUCUACAGGGCUAUCAACAGGUGAUGGCCAUGAUGCAACAGGCAGGUGGCUUCAUGCCAUUUGCCUAUCCCGGCAUGACGCCACCAAUCAUGCCACCUCCGGUGUCGACCCCGUCAACAUUUGUCCCUAGGAUGGUCCCUAUACAUCCGAUACCAUGAAGAACAAAUAAUUUCCUUGGUUCGAUAUUCAAUAAUUACAUGAAUAUAUACUAGAAUCAGUAAUCCCAAUAAUGAAUGGAUAAUAUAAAAGGAAACAUAUACAUAAGUUUUUUUAGCCAAUUUCUGAAAUUUAUUAUGUUUUGGUUUGAUACCUACGGAAAUCAUUCAUCGUCAUCAUCUUCGAGAAGAAUUGAACAUUUUGGUGAUUGGUUGGAAGUUCCAACAUGUAAGUGUGGGAAUGAAAUGAGAAUUAUGACCGCAUGGACUGAUAACAACCCGGGCAGAAGGUUUUAAAAUUGUGCUGGAAACGGAUGGCGUAGAUGCAAGGAUUGGGAGUGGGUUGACCCU